UGCCCCGAGGCCGGCAGCCCGCAGAGCCCCGCGAGGACGCGGCGGAGGCGGCAGCAGUAGUUCAGGGGCCGUCCCGGCCCCGACCCGGCAUCCCGGACAAGAUGUGGCGGCGCUGGGAAGCGGGAUGGGACGAGAAAAGGGAGCUGCAGGAACUCAACUCCCGGCUGCGGGUGUUCGUGUCCCGCGUGCGGGAGCUGGAGGAGGAGAACCGCUUUCUGGCGCGGGAGCUGGCGGAGCUGCGGGAGCAGGAGCUGAUCGGGCUCCGGGUGCCCGAGCAGGAGCUGGCCUGGCUGCGGAUGCAGCUGGAGGAGCUGAGCCGGGCGAAGCUGGAAGCGGAGCUGGAGCGGGACGGGCUGCGGCGGGAGCUGGAGCAGCUGCAGCUGCUGGGGGCCGAGGUGCUGGCGAUGCGGCGCCGGCUGGAGCCCGAGCUGGCCGGGCAGCGGCAGCUGCUGGAGCGGCUGCGGGGCGACUGCUUCGCGCUGGAGGAGCUGCUGCUGCAGCUGCAGGCCGAGCACGGGCACCUGGCGGAGCGGCAGCGCCGGGAGGCGGUGGAGAUACGGGAGCUGCGGAUGGACCUGGCCGCCUUGCCGCCCCCCUUGGCCGGGCUGAGCCUGGAGCAGCUGGAGGAGACCUACGAGAUGCUGCUGAGCCAGAGCUGCCGGGAGACCCUCCUGCGCUACCAGGAGCAGAUCCAGGUGCUGCAGGAGCAGGAGGCGCAGCGGAGCCGGGAGAACCUGGAGCUGCUGCGGGAGGAGAGCCGGCAGUGCCGGCAGCACCUGGAGGACCUGCAGCGGCAGGGCCGGGAGCUGUGCGGGCUCCGGGAGCGGCUGGAGCAGGAGCUGCUCGCCUUGGAGGACCGCCACGGCGCCGAGAUGGAGGAGUACCAGAGGAUAAUUGACAGCCUAGAAGAAGAAAAGCAGUUCCUGACGAUGUCAAUCACAGAUUACCUGAAGGACUACCAAGAACUACUGCAGGUGAAAGCCGGGCUCAUCCUUGAAAUUGAAACCUACAGAGCUUUAUUAGAAGGGGAGAGCAACCAGUGGAUUAUUACAUGGAGAGAUCAGUAUAUGGGGAAAUUGCCUCAAGAUAUUAUAAACACUUCCUAUAACUACACUGAUAUUUACUCUACUUAUGAAGAAAGAAAUAGAAAUAAAGCUUUGCCAGCUCUCAGGAUCACUGACACAAGGCAUAGAUUACCCGUGACAAAUACGCGCAGUUCUGCACAUUAUUCAGCUCAAUCAACACAGGCUGGAUCACAGACAUCAGCCAGUGGAAGAGCUUUUGGAAGAGAUGUGCUUGGUUCUAUAUCUCGCCCUUCAACUGUUACGAAGGAUGAAAGGAUUGUGACAGACCACAAAGAAUUAAGAACAUUUACUCCAGCUUACAGUGGCUGGAAAAGCACUGAAAUGCAGCAGAAGACAAUUCCAGAAAGAAAGAAAACAGAAGUUACAACUUCAUCCACAAUAUCAUUUUCAAAAGAAUCGGCACGUGUUGAGAGUUCAGACAAGGACCACAAGGCUGACACGAAGCCAGGGAUUUCUGAAAAUAUAAGAACAAAACCAAGCUUCACUAAAUUUCCGACUUACGAGCUGCAUAUCAAUUCAAAACCAUCCAAGUAUGAAGAAACUAUAACUGAAACUCAGACCACACUAAAAGAAAGAGGCAGCAAACCAACUGAAGAGAAAAAGUCUCUGCUGAAAGAAAAAGAUAAGCUAGAGAAACAAACAAAAGAGGAGAAAAAUAAAACAGAUGAGAAAUCUUUUUUAGAAGAACGAAGUGUUGAUUUUGGAAGGAGGAGUGAGCAGAAAAAAUAUGUCCGGGAGGAAGUUAUUCACCAGAGCGAUAUUUCUAAUGCAAGAAACUGGAAAAGCGAAUCAACCAAAAAAGAUACAAAUGUGACCUUAGAAUCAAAAAGCAAAGAAGCCAUUGAGAUACCUAUCAGUCUUGAAAUGCCUGCUCCUGACAAGGAAUCUCAGAGUAAUAAAGAAAUACGGUUACAAGCUUCUAAAACUUCCUUAGGAAGAGAAACACAUGACCACGUAACUAAGCCUGCUGAAGUUCACAAAGUGAGUAUUUCAGAAGCAGAAUCCAGCCUGAAAGAUGAAGAGAGAAUCAGUGACAGAAGUCAUAAAAUUGGAACUCUGUCAACUGAAAAUAUGGCAGAGAAUAUUGUUGCUGACAUUCUUAAAAGUUUUACGCAGUCUUCUGGCUCAGAAAUAUCAACAGACACAAAAGUGACCUAUUUUAGUAAGAAAGAACAACCAGAUGAUGGGAAAAUGAAGACUAAGAUCACAGUGCAAUCUCAAGUUCAAGAAAACAUAGAUAUUUCUCAUGGCGCUGGCUCAGGAGAUCUAUCAAACCAGGACGUCAGAAAAAGGGUUCGAGAUGGUAUUGAAGGAACUCCUUCCAAAGAGGAGAUAGAAGAUAUAGUCCAUCAUGGCCUGAAACGAAAUGAGGGCAGGAAGAACAUGUCUGUAAAUGUUGAGAUUGUAGAGGAGCCACUAGAUUAUGCUGCUGAUGAAAGGACUGAUUUUUCAACACCUUUUGAAGUGGAGGAAGUGGAAGAUACAUUCCCUGAGAGAGAGCGGCGUUAUGGUGACGAAGAGGAAGAACAUGUAACCUUCACAUAUGAAGACGUUAAAAAGAAGAAACAACGCCAUGAGACUUUCACUCAUGUGGAAGAAGUAACUGAGGAAGAUGACUCACCUAUUGAACAAAAAUAUUUUGUAUCUGUUCCCGAUGAUCAUCCUGCUACCAAUAAAAAAGACGAUGACUCAGUGUAUGGGCAAAUUCAUAUAGAAGAAGAAUCAACUAUUAAAUAUUCUUGGCAAGAUGAAUUUUUGCAAGGCACCCAAAGUAAGAGAGGUGAAGCUGUAAGCUCUCCAGAAGAAACAUAUCAAGUGGUAGGGGAGGAAGCAAGUGCCCAUAUUUUAAAAGAGCAUCCUGAAGCUGAAACAUCCCAUGUUGAAUCUGUUGUUAUUGAAAAAGAGAUUAAAAUUCCCCCCGAAUUUCAGAGUUCCAUAAAAGGGCUUUUAUCAAAGGAAACGAAGGACCCUAAACAUCAAUUGAAGGAAGCACUGGCGCAGUUGGAGGGCAGUCUCCCAGAAAGUGUGAAAGAGGAGCUGUCUGCAUUAACAAAAGAAAGUCAAGCUGACUCUAGUACUGUAGAAUUUGAUAUCAAAAAAGUUGAUAAAACAGAGGAGGGUGGCUCGGUGACAAUCGUUGCUGAAGUCAAUCUGUCACAGACUCUUAAUACUGAUGAAUUCGAUGUAGCUCAGCUUGGUGAAGAAAUUGCAAGUGAGAAGGAGAAGGCAACAUUGCACUCUCUGAAAAAAGAGAGCUCAGAGAGAGUCGUUGAUGGUAAAAGCAACAUAGAAAUAAAUGUUUCUUCCCGCAGUGAUAGAUACACUCCCUUGGCUGAUGAAGAAAUUUAUAACUCAUCCACAAUAAGGAGGAGUGGUGGUACAGGCUAUCAUACUACUGAAAAAGUUAUUUAUGACAGUUCGGUUUUGGAAACUGCAGAUUUUGGAGAAGUCUCUCACUCAUCACAGUCAACUGAUGAGGGUACAUCCGUAAGGCGAAUCAAGGUUGGUCCAGCAGAAGUCCAGAGAUUUGAGCAGGUCGUAUAUGAAGGGCCUGGUUCUGAAACGCUGGAACUCAGUGCUACAGAAGAUCUUGUUCGGACAGAAGGAUCAUCAGAGUUUAGCCGAUCUGUGAAGCAUUUUAAACAGGGUCCUAAAGAAAUCCAAACAUUAGAAGAAAUAAUUUAUACAGGCCCUAUUACUACAACUGUAGAAGAGGCUGAUUCUGGAAAUCUUUCCCAGAGGUUUUCAACAGACUUCAACAGGUCCACAAGACGUGUCACGGUAGGAUCAAGGCAAGUGACUGAAGAAGUCUCUUUUGAAGGGUCUGCUUCGGACUCUCUGGAGCUCAACAGUAACCUCUCUCAGACAGAAGGGUCUGCGGAUGUCAGCAGAUCUGUACGGCACUUCAGAUUAAGUCCAAAAGAGAUGCACACUGAGCAAGUUAUCUUUGAAGGACCCAUCUCUGGUAAAGUGGAGGUCAGCGACGCUAGAGACUUCUCACAGACAGAAAGUUCUGUCAGACACAUUCAGUUGGGUCCCCAAGAGUUUAUGACAGCUGAAAAAAUAAUCUACCAGGGGCCUGUCUCUGAGCGCACAGAAAUCCGUGAACUGGAAGACCAGACCCUUUCAGAAAGCUCAAUAAAGCAUGUUAGAGUCGGUCAAGUGGGAGUUAAAACCACUGAACAAAUUAUAUAUCAGGGACAUCUUUCAGAGAAUAAAGGAAGCUCGGAUAACGAUGGAUCUUUCAGGCACAUUAAAAUAAGUCCUGUAGAAGCUCAUGCUGAGCAAAGAAUCUUUACAAGACCUAUUUCUGAAAAGCUGGAAAAUCUUUCACAAACAGAAGAGUCAUCUGAGAGCAGCAGGUCUGUAAAGCAUAUUAAAGUAGGAUCCAAGGAAACAUCUUUUACUUUUCAAAUGGAUGUUUCCAAUAUGGGUGGUGCAUCCACAGUAAAAAGUGGAGAACAGCAAGCAACGAUGCUCGUAUCCAACAAGCAAGACCCUUCUGCUAGUCAGUCACAGGUUGUAGUUGAAAGCAACCGGGUUGUAGAAAACGAAAAUGAGAGAGGUUAUGUUCUCUCCAGUUUUUCUCAAGAUCGUGGUGAAAAGGUAGUGGAAAAAUCAUUUUUUGAUAAAACUGUACAGUUGCAAAGAAUGGUAGACCAAAGGUCAGUUAUUUCUGAUGAAAAGAAAGUCGCUCUUCUCUAUCUGGACCAUGAGGAGGAAGAUGAAGAAGAUAAUGAUGGACAGUGGUUCUGAAAGGACUCUUUAAUGACGUCUACUUGAUAAUGUGUUUAUACACAUUUUUGAUUAUCCUUUUUUUUAAAAAGAAGAUGCAUACUAAAUAUGCAUAUUAAAAAAAAAAGGAGGAAAAAGGGAUGGGGAGACACUCAAGCUGUUUAGAUUAUUAGCAGUGGACUGAAAAGUAUUGAAUCUAGGCCUCUACCUAUUCAGCACACUUUUUAAUUUAUUGGAAAUUUUAUUUUUGGGAGAAAUCAUGCUAUUAACAUGUUUUUCCUCAGAGACCCGUGUCCGAUAAUUUCAGAUUUUUCCACCCAUAGAGACAGGAAUUUGCUGCUGGGGAAUUCAGAGGAUUGUAUUUUUUGUUUGUUUUAUAGCAGGUCAAUAAGCGUGUGCUUGAAUAGGAAUUUUCCAUUAUUGUUUUUUAAAUACUGUAUUGUAGCUGGUUACUAAAACAUUCAGCAAUUCUGUUUAAAUCUCAAGCUACUAACCACAAAUAUAACACAAGACUAAUGAGUGUGGCAGUAGCUGAUUUUCAGUUCCGUUCUGUGUACUUAUAUGCAAUACCUAAUGAAAACAUUUUAAGAUACAGUUAUUACAGCUAUAAAAAGUAAAUACAAUUCCAAACUUAGUAUAGCUAGAAUGCAGUGAAAAAAGGUAACAUCAAAGCAAUAAUUUCUCACAGUAUUCAUAAUGAGUAAUACUGAUUUUUGUGGUUAGACAGUAAUACAUUUAAUAUCUUUAAAAAUAAAUCGAAUUUUAAAAUAGGCUGGAUAGGAUUUCCAGUGAAGUCAGUCUUUACAGAUUCACUGGUGAUGUAAAUUAAUAACAUGAACUUAUUUAGUGGUAUGUGGGUUACCUUGAUACUAGGUAUUGCUAAAGGGAAGUGUGAAGUGUCGAACAUGCCUAAUUUCUUAGCAGAGUGAGAUUAGUGCUCUGUUCUGAAGAAAACUUGUAAAAAUGGCAUUGAUGACACACGAUCAUUGUGUGCCAUCAUUUCCAGAUAAUCCUUUGUUUACAAAUGAGAAGAUGCCUUUUUCAGUUACUGGCUCUACAAAUCCAACCUGAGAUUUGAAUUUUCCUUUUUUAAUUUUUGUUUGUUUGUUUCUGGCUGAAGUAUUUGCCUCAGGCCAAAGUUGGUUUCUACUUAAAUCAUCUGAAGAUAAGCUAGUUUCUCUUGGAUUGCACACUGGUUAAAUGAAGGACAUAACUUUACCAUUACAAUUCAUGACUUCAAAGUCCAGAUCAGAAACCAGUACCGGUCACUGUACUGAACCGUGCAGUGCUAGCAGAAGCAAAAAAUAGCAAACAUAUUUUUGUCACUGGGGUAAGAAGAUCCCAUACUGGACACAGAUGAGAAAUAAGAUACACAAAUGAGAAGCUGCUAUUUUUCCAUGCACAAACACAGGCGCACACGUUCACUCCCUCUCUCGCACCUUCUCUGUCCGGGUGGCUUUGUUGGGCCAGUCCGGUGGCCUCUGACGCAGAUUUUUUUUUCCCUGUGGUUAUGCAAGCGUAGUUUCGUGUGUGCUAAUCCAGUUAAACUCUCUUAGUCUGGCAUGGCUAGUCACUUUUCAGAUUCCUUAAUAUUAACAGAAGCUAGAUUUUUCAAAACUGACGGCUACUUCAUAAUAUGAAUGUAAAUGCAAAGCUGAGAAGCUCCAUGCUGACUGACAUAUCAUGCUGUUUCAGAUACAGGACAGUUCAAUUGUUGUGUGCCUUAGUAACUAAGUUUGAAACUGUACAAAGCUAUUGAUGUUCCAAAGAUUAACUCAUGAGGUUUGCCUGCAAUGCAAAAUUUUCUGUGUUUUCCUCAUUUUGUGUGUGUACCAGUGUAGAUCAGGAUUGGGUAUUUUUCAGUCACGUGCUAUGAAAUAAUUUGUUGAAAUUGGAAGUGUGACCACCAGCUGGAAAAUGAAUAGGAAACAGAGUUGUGUGGAAGCACUACAGGCAUGUAUGCUAAGCUUAUUUAUACUUUUCACUGUGUAAUGGAUAACGAUAUUUUUUCAAAAUUAUUCAUAUGUGCUCAAAAAGAUUCUGUGCUUCCAUUUAUAAAUAGGGUGUUAUUAAUUGUAAUACUUUGAAUAUUAUCCUAUACAUUUGUUUCCUUAGAUGACCCUACGAUUUUAAAGACGGUAACAUCUCUGUGUUUAUUUUAAUAAUUGUGUAUAAGCCAGAAUUUUCCAGCUAGAUGCCUAACUGCAAGCAAGCAGGCUCUGUACUUCAGGUAUUAAAUAACUGUGUAAAGGAAGAAGUCAGGUCUGUAGUAAGCAACAGUUUAAAAAAUAAUCAGUUUUAAUUUCCUUAAAGUUUUAUUCUAAGCUGAAACUUACAAAGCUAUUUGCAAGGUCAAACCCAUUUAUUGAUACUGUGUGGAAUCUUUGACAUACAUGCUCCUUAGGAACAACUAUACCAACACUCUGUUAUGUUUAUUUUCACCUGCUUAUAGGAUUAUAAUGUCAGAUGAAGGGAUAAACCAGUAAGGAGCGAGUGAAUCAUAAAAUGUAGGUGGCCUUAGCACUGAAGGAGAAUUAACAAAAAAAAAAAUUACUAUUGUUUCCACUAAGGCAACAACAAUUCUUUAAAAAUUCCUUUACACGUCACUGACAGAUGUAGGUUAUACCAAGAUAUGUUUCUAUUUUGAUUGUCUGGAGGGAAAAAAAUGUUCUGUGUACUUCAGUUCUAUUUAAGAUCGGGAUUUUAAUCAACUGUUGAAAAAUUAGUUUAUUGUAGGGAGCUGGAAAUGUGCAUUAGCAUAACAUUUAAAGAUAUGUCCAGCUCCUUUGUGUGAGUACUUUAAGGCUGUGGAAACAAGGGUAUCUCGUGUAAAAAGGGUUUAAGUUUUUAAAAAGUGUAUAAGCAGCCAUUUUCCAUUUAGUUCUUAUUAACCUGAGACGUUUUCACAUAAUGAGAGCUUUUGGAUAAUGCAACCUUCAGGCAACAAAACGUAGUUAGGUGGAUGAUCCUGUCCUGCAGGCUUAUGGUUGUGUUUGCAGCAUCGGGGCCAUAGGGACACGCACGACUAGUGAGAGCUAAUGUAACGUACUGUCUGUACUAACUCACCCUACAUGGUCACUUUCUGCAUAAAUACUGUAACCUGUGGCUGAAAGGAUUGGUGAGAUCACCUCGGUCAGCAUGCACUUUUGAAGCUUACUCAUAUAAGCUGUGCUUUUCAUUAAAUCCAAGUAAGAACUUUACUGCUGAGCUUGGUUUAAACAAAAUGCUUUAAAAAUAUCAUUAGUAAUUUGGAGGGUAAAAACUAUGUAUUUAUAUGCUGAUAUAGAUCAGAAGUGGGGCACUGUUUUCCGAAAGUGUAAAACCACUGGUCUAUAAAGCAAAUAAAACAUAGAAUUUCAAGAAAGAUGUGUGAGACCUAGAACUCUGUAUUGACUGAUGUUUGUGAAUAGCAGGUGUUUAAAAAGACGGUAAGGAUGUUGAAACUGGGUUUGUUGAUGUCAGCUGUGUGAAACUUUGCAGGCAGCUUGUGUUUUGGUCAUUUGCAAUGAAACUGCGUUUUUGUGGUGGUAUAAGCUUUGUGAUUUUACACUUUUUCACUCUUGAGUAUUAAACAAUCAAAAUCAA